GCAAGAGAGCGGCAAGGCAAGACACAACGAAGUAGGCGAAGAAGUCUCGCGCGCGAACUCGGUACGCUGCAGGCGAUGACCGCAUUCAUAUGAGUUUUUAUUAUACUGUGAGAGUGCUGUCGUGUUCCCUGUUCCGUAAAAGUGUUCACAAAAAUGCUGUAUAGGUGAACAAACCAAAAUUAGUGUUGUGAUUGUGUUUACGUAUUUCUUUUUUAUCUUAUUUUGUCUAUAACAAGGUUUAAAAAUGCCUUGCUCAGCGGUAACUUUGUCUAUAGCGACCAUUACAGCUAUCGUGGCUGCUGCGUUAAUGGCAAUAGCGUUUUCAACAGAUAACUGGCUGUAUAUUGAAGUGAAGCGCAGUAAUAUACAGACAUACGUGACACAGAACACAGAUAUAAACUCUCAAGCGAUCCUCGAGAGCCUCAACAACAAGUACUAUUUCUACACGCGGACGCGAGGCUUGUUCCGAAUCUGCUAUCCCAAGGAGCGACCUCCUUCUGUGGAAAUCUACUUAUCACCAGUAGAGACUCACUGCAGCAAUGUGGACUACUUCAUCCCUGACGAAAACAACGAAACAAGGGGACUCUCUGAAGAUGCCAUGAAUAGGUUACACAUGGCCAGAUCAACAGUGGCGCUAUUCAUGGUCGGGUUCCUCACACUAUUCAUAGCGUUCUGGACCGGGGUCGUGGGCUGCUGGAAGAGGAGUCCCGGGAAUAUCACCGCUACAGCUAUACUUAUGCUCGUUACUUGUCUAUUAGCGGCGGGUGCGAUGGCUCUGUGGCACGGGGUGGAGUUCUACGAGAAGGAGAAAGCCGUCGGAGAGGAGUACUACCAGCAGUGGCCUAACAUAUUACGAGAUAACAGUCGCACCUGGUACGACUGGUCGUAUAUCGUCGCGUGGUGCGGCGUGGGCCUGUCGCUGGUGUCGGCCAUUUUGUUCUCGUCGGCCGCCAUUUGCUUGCGGGGCGAGCGCGAGCGGGAAGAGGCGCUUAACAUGCAGUACCUCAUGCCGGUGUACCCACAAAAGCAGCAGUACGCGUACGCCGGGUACCCGCCACCGCAAGCGUACCCUGGCCCCUACUACCACGGCUCGCAGUACGGGCCCUACAACUACUGAGCAAGCGACCAGAUGAG